AUGAGCUUGGAAAAAGCAAUCAAUCUGUGUAAAAGUAUAGAAAGUUCGAAAAUCCAGUCUGAAAAAAUGAAGUCAGAGGAGGUGCACUACGUAAAGAAAAGAAACUUCAAUAAGAAAUAUGAAAAUAGAGAACAGUGGGAAGACAGAAGAGUGAAUCCAACUCAUUCGAAGUCCCAAGACGGCCAGUUCAAUGGUAAAUCUGGAAGCAGUUUAGGGUGCAGUAGGUGCGGAAUGGAGCACAGAGGCCAACCAUGCAAAGCAUAUAAAGCUAAGUGCUUGGUAAAUACUAAAAAUAGCAGUUUUGAUGAUGAUUUCAUGAUAAAUUUUGAAGUUAACAAGCGUAAAUUAAGCUGUAGAUUAGAUACAGGGGCAAUGGCAAACGUAAUAUCAAUAAAUAAGUUAAAUUCUCUAGAAGUUAAUGUUGAACUACAGAAAACAAACUGCAAGUUAACGACAUUUUCGGAUGAAACACUUAGGGUCAUUGGAAAAUGUAGUUUAGAAUGCAAGUAUAAAGAUAACAUGUACAACAUAAUGUUUUAUGUGGUAGAAAUUAAUUCACCAACGGUAUUAGGUCUUCCUACAUUGAAAAAAAAAUUAAAGGAGGGUGUAAGAACAUAUUAUAUUUGUCAUAGAUCUCAAGCUCCACAGAUAACAGAACCCCCUAAAAGAAAUGCGAAAUCUAUGGGAACAAAUAAAAUUGGACGUACAUGUCCAUCUACUAUGAUUGUUACAAGUAACCAAGAAUGCAUAUCAGUUGUUUUCUUUCCUGUACAUGUUGGUCAUUAUAAUGAACUAGGGCGUUUAAGAAUUGAUGAGACAGACAGGAUUAAAAUAGCAGGUAAAUUGUCUCAAGGGGUCCCAAUAGGCAGAGUGAUAUUAGAGAAAGUGCACCCAGUGGAGAGAGUUCACUUGAUUGAAAAAAAGGACCUUACCAACAUUGUACGAGAUUUUUCAAUUGGAUACACUAUCAAAAGGCACAAAAAUGAUGCAGUCAGUGUACAAUUAUGGGUCAAAGCCAUGCAAUUAUUGGAAAACAACCCAGUUUUAUUUUAUAAAAACAGUGAAGAAGAUGAUGAGGGAGUGUUUGAUAAAAAUGAUUUUGUUUUAAUAAUAAUGACAGAAGUUCAAAAAAAAUCACUUAUUUCAUUUUGUCAAGACAAAAUCUGCAUUGAUGGCACUCACGGUUUAAACCAGUAUGGAUUUCAAUUAUACACAAUUGUUAUUGUUGAAGAAUAUGGUUCUGGGGUACCAGCAGCAUUUUGUUUUUCAAACAGAUCUGAUGAAACACUCUUUCAACAUUUUUUUAAAUGUAUUAAAGAUAGUGUUGGAUUAUUGUCACCAAAUGUUUUUAUGUCAGAUGACUAUAAUGCAUUUUACAAUGCAUGGAAAUCAGUUAUGAGCGAAGUACCUAAUAGACUGGGUACAAAAUUCUGGAAAAAUAUUAGAUAAGAAUAAAAGAUCUCACAGAAAAUGUGUUGGAAGUCCUCAUCUCACUAAUUAUUGAUUCUAUUGAAAAAGGUAAAUUUCCAGAGUGCCUAAAAAUAGCCAUCAUUAUUCCUCUUCAUAAGGGUAGUGAAAUAUCUAAUACCUACAAUUAGAGACCUAUUGCACUACUACUGGUACCCUCCAAAAUUAUUGAGAGACUCAUAAAAUCCCGACUUACGUCCUUUCUCGUUGAAAACAACAUAUUAUCACAAAAUCAGUUCGGCUUUUUAAAUAAUAAAUGCACCACUGAUGCCAUGUUUUCUGUACUACAUGAGGUUUAUCAAACUGAACAAUAAUCUUCACAUUGCCACAGUUUUUUGUGACUAUGCCAAAGCUUUUGACUGUGUAAAUUACAUUUUGAUAAAAAAACUAAAUUUCUACGGAAUUCGAGGUAUUUCUUUAAAUUGGUUCCAAUCUUACUUGGAUGAUAGGAAACAACUGGUUAGAACAAAUGGUACAGACUCUAGUCUCAAAAACAUUGUAUGUGGGGUACCUCAAGGUUCAGUAUUGGGUCUUCUACUUUUCCUGAUCUUUAUUAAUGACAUCACUAGUUUAAAAAUCAAAGGAAAAAUCUUUCUUUUUGCUGAUGAUACCAGUAUAACUUGGAGCAACUCAAAUAUUGCAACUCUUCAUGCUACUAUAACUUUUGAUCUACUUACAAUAAAAACCCGGUCUGACUCUAAUUUACUCUCCUUUAACGUAGAUAAAACAGUAGCAUUAGAUAUCAUAUAUACAAUAGCAAAACAACUCAGGAGCUCUUCAACCCUUACCUCUUAAUAACAGCCAGAUCAGUACCGUUGAUUCUGUAAAAUUUCUUGUUAUUUUUACAGAAUCAUACAUUUAAGGACAGCAUCCUUAAAUGGUCCCUUCAUAUCGAUUUGUUAAGGAAGAAACUAUCUUCAGCUUACUAUGCUAUAAGAUCUGUUUCGAAUAAACUCAAUUUAGCCUAGACAAAAGCCUACCUAUCUGAAAGACCAUAUUAUUCAGUAGAAGAUUUUCUUAAUCAAUAACUAAAAAAUUACAGUACCCUUGGCACAAGUAGUAUUUUUAUUAUUUUUUUAUCUAUGUUUAAGUGUCGUAUGCAGCAGCUUAACUUUUAAACUUAUUAAUUACUAGGUAGACUAUGAAAUUUGCAAUUGAUUCUUUCUGUUUAACUUCAUUAUUAGUACAUAUUAUUUUUUAAUUACAUUGAUGAUUUAUGUAAUUUUAGUAAAUUUAAUUGUUGUUGUUUUGUUUUCUUGACUUUUUAUAAGCUUUGUCGAUAAAAUUGUACAAUUUUUCAUGACAAUAAGAGCCCACGCAGACUGCAGACUUUUUAGCCUGCUUCUUAAUCAGUACAGAGAGGUAUGCAGAUGCGCACACUACACUGAUUCACUGAUGCAUAUCUCUCUGUACUGAGUAAGAAGCCGACUAAAAGUCUGCAGUCUGCGCAGGCUCUAAAGCAUAUUUCUCUCUCUCUCUCUCUUCUCUAUAAGUAAGUGUAAUGUUGUAAAUUAUUGUAACCUGUGUGUAAUAAAUGUCUAACAAUUAAAAAA